GGAAAAAGAAAUUAUAUCAGAGAAAAGGGAAGAUGUUUGCCAGUGGGAUUAUUUUAGAAGCAAAAAAAAAAAAAAAGUGAUGUCCAAGUAGAAAAAAUUGAUGCAAGUAGGCCCUUGGUGUUGUGCUCAAUUGAACACAGCCCCAAAACACCCCUCUGUACCUGUAUUAUAUAAACUUCAACCCCUUACAAUACCUUUUCUUUUUGUCCUAAACCUUACCAAAAUAAGCUGGUGACUGUUGCAGAAUUUGCAAUGCCGAAUUUCAUUCUGUUGUUUUCCCUUUUUUUCUUUUUAGUUGCUUCUGCAACUUCCACAUUGUCUUCACCAGUACCAGACCCUGAGUUAGUAGUUCAAGAAGUUCAAGAGAAAAUCAAUGCAUCAAGAAGAAACUUGGCCUAUCUUUCCUGUGGAACCGGCAACCCUAUCGAUGAUUGCUGGAGAUGUGAUAAAGAUUGGAUGAAAAACCGCCAAAAGUUAGCUGAUUGCGCAAUUGGAUUCGGCAAACAUGCCAUUGGCGGAAGGGAUGGAAAUAUUUAUGUUGUGACAGACAAUGGGGAUCACCCGGUGAACCCUAAGCCGGGAACUUUAAGAUAUGGAGUAAUCCAAGACGAGCCCUUAUGGAUAAUUUUCGCGCGUGAUAUGGUGAUCAAGCUCAAGGAAGAACUGAUGCUGAAUUCUUUCAAGACAAUUGAUGGUAGAGGUGCAAAUGUGCAUAUUGCUGGAGGACCAUGCAUUACUGUGCAGUAUGUAACCAAUGUAAUCAUUCAUGGAUUGAACAUUCAUGAUUGUAAGCAAGGUGGAAAUGCAUAUGUGAGGGACUCACCAGAGCAUUUUGGAUGGAGAACAUUGUCCGAUGGUGAUGGGAUUUCGCUGUUUGGAGCUAGCCAUGUUUGGGUGGAUCAUAAUUCUCUAUCCAACUGCAGAGAUGGUCUCAUUGAUGCAAUUCAUGGAUCAACAGCCAUUACUAUCUCCAACAAUUAUUUGACGCAUCAUAAUAAGGUCAUGCUUUUAGGUCACAGUGACAGUUAUACACAGGACAAGAAUAUGCAAGUCACCAUUGCUUUCAAUCACUUUGGAGAAGGCCUAGUCCAGAGGAUGCCCAGGUGUAGACAUGGAUACUUUCAUGUGGUGAACAAUGACUAUACCCAUUGGGAAAUGUAUGCCAUUGGAGGGAGUGCUGAUCCAACCAUCAACAGCCAGGGCAAUAGAUUUCUUGCUCCAAAUGAUAUUUUUAACAAAGAGGUAAAGAAUCGUAGCUUGCACGCAUUAAAAGCUCAUCUUAUCACAAGUUAAUACUACAAAGAAACUGCUCAAACAAAAAGGAAACACGAUUUCUUCUUCUUCUUCUUCUUCUUACGUUUCCUUGUACUUGCUAAAAUUAAGGUUACAAAACAUGAGGACGCGCCGCAAAGCAAGUGGAAGAACUGGAACUGGAGGUCAGAUGGAGACCUAAUGCUAAAUGGUGCAUUCUUUAUUCAAUCUGGUAAAGCUGCAUCUUCAAGCUAUGCUAAAGCAUCCAGCUUAAGUGCCAGGCCAUCUUCACUCAUUGACUCAAUGACCGCCUCAGCCGGGUCGCUAAACUGCAAAAAAGGCAAAGCCUGCUGAGCCCCGAAGGGAAGGCCAGAAUGUGUUCCAUUUACUUACCCUUUAGCCCGCAACUGUAACUACAAGUGUAUUUAGUAGUUAUAUAUAUCUCAACAUUUUUAGACUUCUUGAGAAAUAUAAUAUCAGUCCCUUGUUAUGUUGUUCUCAGACGACCUCAGCCCUGCUACAGUACUCGAACCCACACAAUUCACCGGGGCUGAUGAGUUGAGAUUUAGUUAAUCAGUGAAAAACCUAUGUGUGACACCGCCUUAAUACAAUGCUAAAGAACUCUUUGAUUUUCUGCCUCUGCAUUCCUUCCUGUUUUUUGUGACGAGCUAAUAACACAAUACAAACCUAAUUCGAAGAGGUACGCGUCUUCAUUAGUUUAAUUAUGAUCUGUUUUUACCUCCUAGCAACACCAAUAUACAAAAUAUGCAACCUCUGAAUUAAGUUCACCUCAUUCAAACAACAUGGACAAGUAGUACCAACCCUCAUCCAAGUUCAAGCCUACAUAGCCAAAAAUUCUCUAUCGAUUUUUUUAGCACAGAGCAUACCAAAAACUACUAGUGCUGCCAGCUUCCUUUAAUGCUCCAUCGAAUCGAAUUUAUUGAUUGAAAUACUAGAUGCAUUAUUUCAUUGGAAACAGCUCCAAGCUAUAAAUGCAGAGAGAUCUCCCUUGCAGAAAAAGCAGAUUGAAAGCAAUUACCCAGCCCAACGGCUCAACUGUUUUGGACCAACUAACCUGCUCUCAUUGAUUGCUCCUUCACCCCUUUCUUAGAAUCCUAGGCCAAUAGUCCCAUAAUUACACUCAAAAUUCAAAUCACUCUACCCAUUUCAAUUUACUUCUGCUUUGCCGCAACAGCCAGGGGCCAUCCAAACUUCCAAACUCAGUCAUACCACAAAAAAAAAAAAAAACAUCACAACUUAUUGCUUUGAAAGUACUACAAAAUUAGUGGACAAGAACUUCAGGCUGCCUUUUAUGAACUCAGCAACAGAACCCCCCCUACUACGGCCUGCCCCCUUGGGCAAAGUCCCCUACAAGUGUACCGACUGCCAAACAAUCAAUAUCAGAAGAGGCCAGAAACUAUUCAGUUCAUCCAUGAGGUUAUGGCACUUCCCUCCUACAUGCCCUCUACAAGAUGGAUGAUAAACACUGCCUGUCUUCCCCUCUUCUUUGGUUAUAAGUUAUCACGACCAGUAUUUAUUGCAAGGUCUUUGUAUCUAUCCCCUAAGACUCAG